UGUUAUUAGUUCAAGACGCCAUAAAUUUUUGGAGUGCUGGUUUUGCUUUGUACUUAUCUAUACGACAGCUUCCUUGGAUUGAUUUGAUUCCCCAUACCGACACGCACACACUCAUAUACAUAUGUAUGUGUGUAGAUUACAUGUUUGUUAUCACUUAUGUUCAUCAUGAUCAACAUAAUCAUAUCCUUGUUCAUCAUUCUGGUCAUAGUUCAUCUACUAAAACCCAAAAAACCUGUGAAAAAGUUACCUCCAGGGCCAUGGAAGCUACCUUUGAUAGGUAACAUGCACCAACUGGUUGGUUCAUUGCCUCACCAAACAUUAGCAAACAUGGCUAAAACAUAUGGUUCUUUGAUCCAUCUCAAAACCGGGUCCAUUUCGUAUAUCGUAAUAUCGUCACCGGAAUUAGCCGAAGAGGCUUUGAAAACCAACGAUAUCAGCUUUGCUUCAAGGCCUACCAUAUUAGCUUCUAAGAUCAUGUCUUACGAUUCAACCAACAUCGUUUUCUCGCCUUACGGUAGUUAUUGGAGACACCUACGGAAAAUCUGCGUUACUGAGCUUUUAAGCCCGAAACGUGUCGAAUCAUUCCGGAAAGUUCGAGAAGAGGAGGUGUCGAGUUUUAUCAACUCGAUCGCUUUAUGGGGGAGUAGUUCAGGUAUCAAUCUUAGUAAAAAGAUUUUCUCAUUGACAUAUGGGGUAACAUCAAGAGCGGCUUUCAGUGAGAAAUGCAAAGAUCAAGAAGCUUUCAUAUCGAUCAUCACUCGAGUUAGUAAGUUAUCGGGAAGGUUCACUAUUGCCGAUAUGUUCCCAUCUCUUAAACUGCUAGAAUUACUUAGCGGGAGAAUCGAAUUCGAGAAGCUGCAUAAGGAAGCCGAUAGGAUACUCGAGGACAUCAUUGCCGAGCACCAAGAGAGAAGGAAAAUAUACGGUGGCGACAGUGAAGAAAUGAAAGAUUUGGUUGAUAUUCUUUUAGACCUUCAAGAAAACAGUGAGCUCGAGUUUCCUCUAUCGGUUGACAACAUCAAAUCAAUUAUCUUGGACAUGUUCAGUGCCGGGAGCGAAACAUCGUCGAUAACUGUGGAAUGGACAAUGGCAGAACUGCUGAAAAACCCCGGGAUUAUGGAAAAGGCAAAGAACGAGGUAAGACGGGUAUUUACCGGCAAAGGAUAUGUAGAUGAAGGAAGCAUUCAUGAGCUGAAGUACGUGAAAGCAGUCAUCAAAGAAUCCAUAAGGCUACAUCCUGCUGUGCCUCUAGUACUAAGAGAAUGCCGCGAGGAUUGUUGGCUCGACGGUUACGAUAUACCCACCAAAUUUAAAGUCCUCGUUAAUGCAGGAGCGAUUGGAAAAGAUCCUAAGCAUUGGGAUAAUGCCGAGACAUUUUGUCCUGAAAGGUUCCUUGAUAAUUCAAUUGAUUUUAAAGGAACGGAUUUCAAAUACAUACCGUUCGGUGCCGGAAGAAGGAUAUGUCCCGGUAUUUCAUUUGCUUUGAGCAACAUUGAGUUGCCAAUUGCAAACUUGUUGUAUCACUUUGAUUGGAAACUUCCAAAUGGAAUGAAGCCUGAAGAUUUGGACAUGACAGAGGCUCUUGGUUUGUCAAUAAGAAGAAAACAUGAACUGUUUGCAAUCCCCAUUGCUUAUCAUCCUCAUGUAGAAUAAGGUACGGUAAAAGUAGCAUAAAAAAUCCUUGUACUAAGAGUUGGAUUGUACUAAAAAAAUAAGUAAAUUAGUAUCAGUCCGUUAAAUUAAAGAGCAAACUGGUCUUUCUGUUAAAAAUUUCAUCCAUUUUUACGGUUAAAAACUAAUCCAUAUACGUUACCAUAA